ACAGUGGUGUCAGUGGCGCAGCCCACGUCGAGCGCAAUUGCCUGGCGACGGUAGUGUCAGUGGAGCAACCCUCGCCGUAGAUGACUGUCAUCCUGAGCAGUGGUGUUGUCUGGACACUGAGACACUGAGUGCUGGUUGUCGUCACUACUUCAAGAGGAAUAUUAUGGUGCAGAGGCGAGCUUUCAAACCGACAGACAUGGAUGAUCGCUUGAAGAUCGUGCUGCUGUGGAUGAAAGGCACGACAGUACGUGACAUAGCACUGAAGACAGGCUCCAGUGUCUCCACCGUCUACAGGUGGAUAAAGCGGUGGCAGCGAGAGGGUAACAUUUACGGCUCGGGACGUCGUAUACCUAUGAGUGUUCCAGCUAACUUACCUCCUUUGCCAAACACGGUGAUGGACCUCACUCAAGCAUUCGUGAUCUGUUGCUCGCCAAAUAUGUGUCUGAAUGAGUUUCACAGGAGGGAGGACAGCUAUUGGUCGCCAUCCUUCUCUCACUGUGUUAACCUAUUCAAGCCAGAUUACAACUUUGGACUCUGCAUGGAAUAUGUGGAUGCCUCCACAAAUCUAGUUGGACACAUUGCGGUGGAUGAAGUGAAAAACUCGCUCAUGUUUUAAAACACACGAAAAGAGAAGAUUCCUGUUUGUUAAUAUAAGAACUGAAAAGCAGCCACAACCUGCUCUGUAACAAUGAAGAUAGAAAAAAAAAAUACCACGGGCGGGGUUAGAACCCGAGAUCAGAGAGUCAAUGAAGAUAGACCCAGAGUAGCAAAACAUCCCCCCCCCCAAAAAAAAAGAACAUAAACUGAUAUUCAAAUAGAAACGAGUUAGAGAAGACAGAAAAUUACUUUGCAUUAUUGGCUCUACAAGAAACUAUAAUACAAGUGGUAGAUUAUAAUACGUUGCUUCCUUUCCAUUACUUGUUAUAAAAUCGUAUGAGUCAUAUGACACUAUGAUAAAAUAUAAACAUGCAUUAGAUAUCAAAUAAUUCAAAGUUAUCUUAUGAAAUAAUGUUAAGAUACUAUAUAUGUCAUUUAGUACAUAACUACAAGGUAUAUCCUAAGACAUAAAUCACAUAUAUUACACAAAUUAAGACGUUACCAACAUCGUCUUAAUAAUAAUAGGCUUUUAUUUUUCUAAUAUCUCCAAGUGUAUCCUUUAAAUUCUUGAUGAUCUUCGGACUUGACUUCAUUAAUUAAUUGUCCUUGUCUACUAUUAAGGUGGCUCAUGGUUUUGCAGGCAAAGCUCUCGCUUCACACGCUUAGAGUUCGGGUUCGAUUCCCGGUAAGGGUAAACACCUUGUGUGUGUUUGGCUACACCUGUUGUUUUUGUUCACCCAUCAGUAAAGAAGAGUAUCUGGGUGUCAGCCAACUGGUGUGGGUCGCAACCUGGGACAAAAUUGACUUAAUUUGCCCGAAAUGCUUAGCCUAAUGUCUUCUAUACGGUAGUAUGUCGUUGAUGUCAGCUAUGUCUUGUAUACCUUGUAUAUGUACUAGUAAAAAUAAAAAUUCUUCUUAAUAUUAUUUGUAUUAUCAUCAUCUCUGGUUACAACCAUGACUAGUCUCGCUCGUCUGGUUUAGCUUUAGCCUCACAUAAUUUUGCUUGGUCUCGCCUUACUUUCCUCUGGCCAAGCCACUACCGUUCUGUAUGGUACACACUAUGAAAGCCUAAUAACCCUUGCAAGGUUACAGAAAAACUUUGAAUUCAAACAUGGAAAAAAUCUGCUGCCAAACACCGCAGAUAUAAACUAACAUAACUACAUACGCCAUACCCUUCAAUGAAGAUCCUUUGUCGUGAUGGUGGAGCUCUUGAUCUGAAGAAAUAUUCCUCUUCUCCCAUUACUCGUAUGGAUUGUAAAUACCCCAACCUGAGAGAAAGAAAAGGAAUCACUGUCGGCCCAGUGAUCAUGUAACUUCCGUUUUUAGUGCUAUGGUGGCUGUCAUCCCACCUGAUGGAUACUGGAUCACCUAAAGGCCUAUCAGGCGACUCUCCACUGAUACGUCGUGUGGCUAUCUGGAAGGGUCUCUGAUGGUCGAAGUACCAGUGGAGGAUGCUUUCGGAUCCAGGAGUGGCGAUUAUUCCUGGUUUGCCAACCUUGCUCGCUCAGUUCUGGAAGUGCGAUUCUAAAUUUGUAGGUCAAGCUGUGGUUUCUAGGAAGCAACAGUACUAUCUGUUGGAGUGGAGAGGGCCGUAGUUCAGGGUAUACUUGGUUUCUUUUCAUUUAUUCUUGAAGCUACCCUUGUAGAUGAAUGGUUCAAAGAACCGACACGCUGUUAAAUUAGACACAUGUGCAACUCUUGGGUAUCUUUAUUGAGGAAACGUUUCGCCACGAGUGGCUUCAUCAGUGCAUACAAAGGAUAAACUUGAAAAACAGGAGGAGAAUGAGUUAAUCAGUCCCUCAACCUUGAGUCGAUGUGGUCAGUCCAUCAAUCUUGAAUAGAAUACGGCAUAUGGGCGGAGAAGCAGCUUAUAAACCGUAUGGCAGGAGAGGUGCAGCAGUCGUAGGUGGUGUCAUAUUUGUCCAAUGUGGAAGUAGGUCGUGCCCAAGGGUUGAGGGACAGAUUACCUCAUUCUCCUCCUGUUCUUCAAGUUUAUCCUUUGUAUGGACUGAUGAAGCCACUGUGUGGCGAAACGUUUCCUCAGUAAAGAUACCCAAGAGUUGCAUAUGUCUAAUUUAACAACGUGUCGGUUUUUUGAACCAUUCAUCUACAAUCCUGUCAGACACUGCAGCUUCUUGGGAUCUUAAUACCUGGGAAU